AUGAUGAUGAUGUCCCUCCACGCCCGAGCUCUGCUCAUGAACGAGCCCUCUAACCCUCCCGAAACGCCCUUCCGAUUCGCUGCCGGCCUGAAUACGGCUCCUGACACAGUCAGGCCUGCGGCCCGACCUACCCAACCUACCCAAUCUACCCGAACCACCCGACAGCUCAGUGAGGCUGGUUCUCAUCAUGAUGAGGCGGCUCGACGUUCUGAGGCCUUGCUUUCCGACGAGGUCUUGUCGGACGUGCAAUUGCAACGCCUCAUGAUGACCUUUGAGAUGGAGAAGGAGAGGCGUAAGAUCAUGGAGGAAAAACGGAAGGCUCUGGAAAUCGAGUUAAAACUAGAGGAAAUGCGUGCUCGCAGAGCCGCGAAUAACCCUCAGAAUGCUGAUAAUAAUACACCGACUACUCCUACGGCCCGAACGCACACAUGGGACCCGGAUCUUGGUGAAAGAUUGGAGUAUAACCUCUAUGAUCCGGACAGCCGUGUCGGCAAGGCAAUCGCCCAAUUCAAAGAAGAUGUAAAAUCAAUGACCAAGCCGAACGCUCUGACCGGCACGUCAAAUUUCCUCACAUGGAACGCGUCAAUGAAGACCAAGCUGGUUGACGCGCAGUGCUGGGGUAUAAUAGAAAAGCAGCAGGUUCAGAACCCCCUGCAGGACCCCGAAUGGGCUCCCUUUUGGGACGCCCGAAACCGUUGGACCUACGCGUUCAUUUCGAACUCUUUGGGUGCGAACGUCAGGCCACGUUUCAUAAAAAAUGAUGAGAAUAGGAUUGCUUACACCCUCUGGCGGGCAAUUGAGGAGGAAUACUCUAUCCCCAAGACCCAGCUCCGCCGAGAGGCAGUCCUAGAAUUCACAUCGCUUGGUGGCACUCAGGUCACUAACGUGCACAGUUUCUUUGAUAAGUUCCGUGCCGCGAUCAUGAAGUUGGAAAUGAUGGAUGCUCACCCGCCUGACGCGUGGGUAUUUGACAUAUUCUAUUCCGCCCUUCCGAACGUUUGGAGGGGUUAUGUACAGAAGAAGAUUGAGGAGGCCCAAGAGUCCAAAUCGACCCCGGUUGUAUUGGACGUUCACCUUCUCAUGGAGGAGAUCCGAUCUCGAUUGGACCCUCCAAAAGAUAAAAAGCCCGCACAAUCGGUGAAUACAGCUGCCAACGCUGCCCAAUCGGGGGCCACAGCAGCUGCCGAUUCCGCGAACAAUAAUAGCGCGAAUACAUCUAACUCGGCCCGUGGAGGUCGUUCCGGACGCGGUCGUGGCGGCUCCCGCGGCAGUGGCCGUGGUGGAGCUGGCAAUCCGCCGACCUGCUCCGAGUGCAAUAGAUCCCACUUCGGCACUGUCUGUUGGUUUACGAAUCCCGACCAGGCGCCCGAUGAUUGGAAGGCCAAUAAUGCUACUAAGUUAAAGGAGUUCAAAGAGAAGAAGGAGAAGGCGAAGAAGGAUAAGGACAAUAGUGGGGGCAAGACCCAGUUAGUGAUUACGGACGGGUCAGAGUCCUUUCAGAUGGCGAACCUUGCAAAGGUUAUAAACGUGCCGGCCUGCUUUGUGGAACCCCACAAGGAGCCCCUAACCAUAUGGGAUAGCGGCGCUGGCUGCCAUAUCGCGAGCGAUAGAUCACGAUUUUCGACGCUUUUUACGAUCGACAGUCCUACGGUCCAGGUGGCCAACAAGGCCGUUCUGAAGGUCCAAGGCGUCGGCAUGGCGUCCAUCCCAGUCGGCGAGAGGUUGAUUGAAUUCAAUCACGUAUACUACGUGCCAGGACUGUCAGCUAACCUCAUCUCCGCUGGGCUUAUGGAACGCCAGGGCUAUAUUCGCCGUGAUAUGCACGUUGACGCUGGAAAUUAUUUUGAGUUCCUGUCCCCUACUGGCAAUGACGUGUUCUAUGCCAACCUUUCCCGCAAUAAUAUUUACAUCCUAUCCGACAGUCCUCCGACGUUUGACGGCGUUAUGAAUGACCAAGAAUAUGGGGCGGUCGCGUACGUGGCUGUUCCGAAACCAAAGACAAUUUCAACGGAUUAUGACCCGAACGCAGGGUCCCUAGGGCCGUUCAGCCGUGAGGAGGUUGAGCGAUUGAUUAACCCCAAGGAUCCGGAUACGGAUUCCUUCGUCAUAUCCCCACCUAACCGACUCCCUGCCGUGGUCCCGAAGCAACUGCCGUUUGAUGAAUGGCACCGUAGAUUGGGCCAUAUCGGCGAAAAUAAUAUAUUGAAGAUGGCCAGGGACCCUCGCUUCGGAAUUGCCAUUAUCGGCCCGAAGAAGUUGUCAUUCUGCGCCACGUGCGUCAAAGCCAAGCAGAGGCGCGCUACGUAUAAUAAGAAUUCCGCACCACGCCGUGCCACUCGCAAAGCUCUUAAGAUUUGGGUGGAUAUUUUCGGCGGAGGUGAGACUCUUGGAACCGAAAAUGACAUAUCCUCCUACGCCGGCAAGAAGCUCGCCAUGAUCAUUACGGAUGACGCCACACGGAAUCAAAUGGGAACCGACCCCCCCUCAUACCCCGUAACAAGAUGGGUUUCCGAACGUUCGAUUGGGUUGAUCAUUGAGAAAGCCCGAUCCCUAUUAAUAGAUUCUUCCGCUCCCGAAAAGAUGUUGGUUGACCCUUCCAAUGGGCGUCUAUAUAUAUCCAAAGACGUCAUUUUCCAGGAGGAUCUUCACCUUAUGGAUCCGUCGGCCCCAGCCACUGGGCACCCGAAGACCCUACCCACGGCGGCCCGCCAGGCGGCUGCAGCGAUUCCUUCGCCGAUUCCUUCGCCGACUCCUGGCCCGAUUCCUUCAGUUAAUGACCUAUUCAUCGAUGAAGAAGUCCAACCCCUCCGUCCGCUAUUCCUAGUUCCCACCAAUAAUUGGUGGAUAGACUAUGAAAUAUCAGCGAGAAUACCGACCUUUUUGGUGCAGAAUACACCGAUUUCCCCUAGCCCUCCUAUUGAGAUUGAGGAUACCCCGACAAUUACAGGGAAUAACGAUUCAGUGGGGGAAUCUUCAGUGGGGGACGGUUCCGAUGAUCUGCCUUCCGAUCCCGAGAUAUAUGGGUUGCCGAUUCCGAAGAAUCUCACGCGCGCUAAGGCUUCCCCUGAGUGGAAGUUCUACUAUAAGGCCUGCGUUAAAGAGGUUAAUCGCUUAAAGCAAAUUGGGGCCUGGCGAUUAAUUGAAAGAACCCCUAAUAUGGCGGUCCUUCGGGGCCAAUGGGUGUUCGACAAAAAGUUCAAUAAUAUGGGCAAAGUAGUCCGCUAUAAGGCCCGCUGGGUGGUCUGCGGCAAUUAUCAACAAAAGGGUGUCAACUAUUCGAAGACCUUUGCACCCGUCGUUUCCGCCUCCACGUCCCGGCUCUCAUGGCAAUCUCGGCAUCCCGAGGGUGGCACGUUCUGCAAAUCGAUAUGGUAA